UGAAAAAAAUACAUCGUCUUUCAGUCGUGCUUGAUGGAACUCUUGCACCAUUGCAAGAUUUGUGGAGCAUCGGGAAGCACGGUUGACAUUGUGGCAAGUGGAACGAUGAUUUCAACGACCACGAAAUGUUCAGGAAACCAUGUGACAAAGUGGUGUAGCCAGCCAAUGGCUAAAGGAAAGCCACUUGGCAAUUUGCUGUUGAGCUGUGCUAUACUGUUUACUGGGAGCAGCCCAACUAAGGUCAUACGCCUGCUCUCUGUAAUGGGGGUGCAGUCGCUGCAGAAGACACAGUACUUUCAGUACCAGAGGUGCUAUCUACUUCCAGCAGUUGAGCAGGCAUGGCACUCCCACCAGAGGACCUUAAUUGAAGAGGCCAAGCACCAGCCACGCUCACUAGCAGGUGAUGGCAGGUGUGACACGCCAGGCCAUUCAGCAGACUUCGGGACGUACACAUUGCUCGACACUGACCUCAACAAAAUCUUGCACAUUGAGCUUGUCAAGUCAACAGAAGUUGCUUCCAGCAACCGAAUGGAAAGAGAAGGACUGCAGAGAGCACUUCACGAGCUGACCCGUCUUGGCCUGCAGAUUGAGUCUCUCGUCACUGAUCGCCACUCCGAAAUUAAAGCCUUCAUGAAGCAGUAUUAUCCAGCAAUAUGCCACCUGUUUGACUUGUGGCACAUUGGAAAAGGCUUGAAGAAGAAGAUUGUUGCCUUGGGGAGGACAAGGCAGCAUGAAUCCGUGCUUGGGUGGCGAAAGACCAUCAUUCGCCAUCUUUAUUGGUGUGCUAUCAACAGUAAGGGCAAUGAGGCGUUGUUCUUGGCGAGGUGGCUGUCCAUUCUCCGACACAUUGUCAACGUACAUAGUCACCCUGACCCUCUGCACCCUUCAUGCUUUCACGGCGAGCUGCCAGAACGUGACUGGUUGGUCGAAGGUAGGUACUACUAGGAGACGAAGAGAAAUUUGUACACCUAAAUAAGU